CAAGGCUGGUUUCAGAAGGGGUGAAUGGGAAAAAAAAGUUUAGAGAAAGAAUGAAAGUGAUUAGACAAAAGGAAAGCGAAAGAGAAUGACUUGGAAAGCCCCGUUGCUAGAGCCCCAUGUCCCUAGCUUGCCGGCCUGGCCAGGGGGUGUAGCCUGCAGGGGAUACUAUCCGGGAACAGCUGCUCCGACCACAAUUUACACGUUCCUCGCCCGCCCGCUUCGCUUCUGCAGCUGGGCUGACGCCGCGCAUCGAUUCUUCGGCGCUCUGCUCCGCCCGCUGGCCGCGUGCGGUACCUAUUCCCUUCCGGGUGCGGGCGGGCCCAGCAGGAGGGACAGGCGCGUCGCUCGUGGUCGAGUCACCUUGCCGCGCGGCGGCAGGUUCCUCCCGAGGAAGGGCGAUGGCCGGGCUGGUCAACCUGGAGGAUGAGGAGGAGGUGAAGGGCUACCUGGAGAACCUGGGCAUCGAGUACAGCUACCAGUGCUACAAGGAGGGUGACCCGGACGGUUGUCAUCGAUUGGCUGAUUAUUUGGAGGGGGUGAAGAAGGACUUUGAAGGAGCUGCCAAGGUGCUAAAAGAAAACUGUGAAAAGAAUGAGAACAGUGAGAGUUGCUAUAAACUUGGAGCUUAUUAUGCAACUGGGAAAGGUGGACUCAGCCAAGAUUUGAAAGCUGCCUACAACUGCUUUCUGAAGUCUUGCAAAAAAGGUGGGAAGAAAUCAAUAAAUGCUUGCCACAACGUUGGACUUUUAGCACAUGAUGGGCAAGUAAAUGAUGACAAACCUGACCCAGUCUUUGCCAGGGACUACUACACUAAAGCAUGUGAUGGCAGUUUUGCCCCUAGUUGCUUCAAUCUUAGUGCAAUAUAUCUUCAAGGAGCACCUGGGAUACCAAAGGACAUGAACUUGGCUUUAAAGUACUCUUUGAAAGCAUGUGACAUGGGUCAUGUGUGGGCAUGUGCCAAUGCCAGUCGAAUGUACAAACUAGGAGAUGGAAUUGAUAAGAAUGAUGCCAAGGCAGAGGCUCUGAAAAACAGGGCAAGAGAUCUACAUAAAGAACAGCAGGAAGCUUCUAGAGCCUUAACAUUUGGAGAAUAAAUCAAAUUAAAUCAUUCACUGACUUCUAGGACUGCGCUUUUAAAUGGUGCAAAAACUUUAGCUGCAAACAAAAAACCCAUACCUGUUGCAUUCACAAAAGAGGCAUCUGUAUGUACGUGUUUGCAUGUGCAAAUUUUUGGAUGUGCAACUGAUGCAUGUACAACUUUGGUGUACCAUUAUCUGAAAACUUUGCCCUUUCAUAUAGAACAGUUUUUCAGGCGAACAAACAUUUAGGGCCAAAUUUUGAAAAGCUCAGAGGACCCAGCUUUUAAAAUUGAAGGUGCAGUUCCAUGUGCUGACUUGUGGCUGCAAUCUUCCACAUCCACACACAGUCAUAUGUGCAUAAUUACUCAAACCUGACUACGCAAAACUGUGUCUAAUUUUAGAGACUACUUUGGAUAUUAUUACUGGGACCCUAUCAGAUGCUAUAUAGAUGAAUUUAUGUACUCUUGAGCACUCUUUUCCAAAGGCAAGCACUCACACUGAAAACCUCAACUUGAAUCAUCACAGGACAUGCUCCUUCCAUUGAUGCUGAAAUACACUGAUCACUGAAGUGGGUUGCAGCACUUUGCUCACCAUGGUUUUACAGAAACCAGUUAAUUACAGACAAACUUGAGGAAAAGCAUUUGGUGCGAUACACUGUUUUCUGAACUUCAACUCAUAUGGGAUUAGCAGCUCUGCGGUUAUGAAAUAAACUAUAGAAUAACAGGUCUAUGUGGUGAAGAGCAAACAGCCUGGGUGUACUUAUGAUUGUGAGUGGAUGGAAAUAGGCACAGUACUGCAGCAGCACACCAGAUUCACCAUCCAAGGGGAUGGGAAUUCCCAAAUCUACCCAGGCUCCAAGACUGAAUCAUUGAAAGUUUAAAUUGUUAACACAAAUGAGAAGACCAGUCAAUAACAAGAAACAGCCAUAUAAACUAUGUGGAAAAUGGGAUCCCUGCAACAACCAACUUGAAUGUUCUAUGGGAUAUUUUUAGAAUAGGGAAAAACAUUUAAUGUAUGUGUCAAACGAAUGUCCUUGGGAUAGAAAUAAAAUAAACUUUGUGUUGUAUUUGUA